UGACACAAUGGGCCCCCCUGGGCACAGAGAUGCAAAGGCCCCACCAUCAACAGAGGAGCAAGACAUACAGACGUUGUGGAGGAAGUAGACGCUCUCUAGCAAUGGCAAGAACCAAGCAGACGGCCCGUAAGUCCACCGGAGGCAAAGCCCCCAGGAAGCAGCUGGCCACCAAGGCUGCUCGUAAGAGCGCCCCGGCCACCGGCGGCGUGAAGAAGCCUCACCGUUACAGGCCCGGUACCGUGGCUCUGAGAGAGAUCCGCCGCUACCAGAAGUCCACCGAGCUGCUCAUCCGCAAGCUGCCCUUCCAGCGCCUGGUCAGGGAGAUCGCUCAGGACUUCAAGACCGACCUGCGCUUCCAGAGCUCCGCCGUCAUGGCUCUGCAGGAGUCCAGCGAGGCUUACCUCGUGGGUCUCUUCGAGGACACCAACCUGUGCGCCAUCCACGCCAAGAGGGUCACCAUCAUGCCCAAAGACAUCCAGCUGGCCCGCAGGAUCCGCGGCGAGAGGGCUUAAACUCACCCGACUACACACAACAACGGCUCUUUUAAGAGCCACCUCACUCUCACCUCAAGAGCUCCUUCCUGCUCAUGACACAUGUUUAAUAUCACUGACAGAUCAAUAUUAUUUUUCUAUAAAGGGUUUCUCAUCGUGUAAUCUAAACAAAUACAAUUGUGAAUCUCAUGUUAAUACAUACUAUUAUUGGCUUUUACUUUGUCUACAAUAUCUGAUUUGAAUUAAUCAGGAAAAAACAUAUUUUAACAAAUUUAUGAUUAUUGCAAAUUUUAUUUAUGUACCACAUCGUACUGUUUAGUCUUUCUUGUGUUAAAUUAGUUUAAAGUUAGUAAGUUAGUUUACUAGUAAACUUAGUUUAAAAUGAAUAUUUUGCACUAUAUUACAGUUAUCCAUUCAUAAUGUCUCAUGUAAUCAUAUUAUAACUGAGUCACAUAAUGAAGUGACAUUGAGAGUCGUCAAACUGUCAAGGCUACAUUUACUUUAAUGUACCUCAGUAAGAUCAGAGGUUCUUAUACCCACUUUGGAAACAUUUUCCAGUACUUUAUACUUUUUUAUGACAUUACAUUAGUUGUGAUUUUGCAGAUGAAGAUUUAUAUAAUAAAUGUUUUGAUCUUUGAAAAUGGGAUAAGUGAGUGAGUGAAAGAUUUUCUUUAUCGUCUUCUUUUUUGGCUUUGUGGCAUCUUAAAAAAGUUAUGUCUCAACUCUGUGAGCGACAUUUCUCCAGAAACAUCUCUGAUGGUUUGAUGUGGACAUCACUUACGACAGAUCGGUAUUAUUGUAGGUGUCAGUGCAUUUAUUCCAUGUGAUAUUAUACAAACGAUAUAAUUACACCUAUCAUUGUAUGAAAUAUGUGCACUUCAGUCCGGUAAUUUGGUUGGCAUUUCGGUAAUGAAUAAAACGUUUUGGGAGUGAACAUUUCAAUUACACGUUUGUUUACAUAUUACAGCAAUAACUUAUUUUCACCCUGUUCUACUCUCCACAGAAAUAUUAUGAUGUUGAUGUGAUAAUGUGUG